AUGACCAUCGCACCCAACUUGCGGUGCCUCCUUGCUGAGCUUUGUACCUACACGUUGGGACACCGACAAUCCCCCUUCCGCGCGAUAUACGCGGAUUAUGUCGUAUACGAGCAGCUGCAUCACGAGUUUAUGAACCGGCCCCGAGCAAGAGCUGCUUUUCUUCAUGGGGGACUAAUAUGGUGGUUGGCUUUGCACAGCCUCGGUUUUGAUCAUCUCCCAUCUGUCCUUGAUGGUAUCUCACCCGAAGCUGUUCCAUUUGGUCUCCUAUUGUGCAGCAAUGGUCAGACUUACUACGACGAUGGGUUGUCGGAAGAAGAGAUUGAUUUUAUGUGCAGGACAUACUACGUGCACCAGGCUCAGGGCAUGAAUGUAGUAGUAUCUUGGUGGCCUCGGCCACAUGCUUGGAAUGCAUUGGGCUUAAACAUUGGUUUUUGGUCUGCUCGUUGCGAAGAUUGGUUCCAAACCUGUCUGGACAAUAUCCGAGAAGGAGUUUCUCAUGAGCGACUUUCAUGUACCAAUGACGCCAAUGGUCCAAUGACCUCUACUCAAUGGAAGCGCUCCCUCAAAUUCAACCCUGGCACAAUCAAGAUGAUGCAAAACAUUUCGGCAGCGUGUUAUGAUUUCAUGAUGAGAGUGCCUGGUAAGAGUUGUUUAAACAAACCCCCUCAUUCAUACUGA